AUGUCCGCGCGCCGUCUGGGUAUUGUCAAAGUGCCGCAGAUGGCUGAGUCACUCACGGAGGGUACGCUGAAGGAGUGGAACGUCAAGGUUGGCGACUUUGUGAAAGAGAGUCAGGAGAUUGCCACCAUAGAGACGGACAAGAUUGAUAUUUCCGUCAAUGCGCCUGAAUCAGGUACCAUAGCUGAGUUUUUCGCCGAGCCGGAGGACACGGUCAAGGUCGGUGAGGACCUGUUGAAGAUUACCGAGGGUGAUGCACCACCCGAAGGCGCCUCUGCGGGUGAGGAGAAGGAACAGCCGAAGGAAGAAAAGGAGGAGGACGACAAGGAGUCUAAGGAGCCCGAGUCCAAGAAGGAGCCCGAGUCCAAGAAGGAGCCCGAGCCCAAGAAGGAGCCCGAGCCCAAGAAGGAGCCCGAGCCCAAGAAGCCCGAGCCCAAGAAGCCCGAGCCCAAGAAGUCUGAGCCCAAAAAGUCCGAGUCCAAGGAAUCCACGCCGUCCAUUUCCUCCCCCACUCCCGGUUCGCGCAACGAGAACCGUGUCAAGAUGAACCGCAUGCGCAAGCGCAUUGCCGAGCGCUUGAAAGAGUCACAGAACACCGCGGCGUCACUCACGACGUUUAACGAAAUCGACAUGACGAACCUGAUGGAGUUCCGCAAGCGCAACAAGGACCGUGUAUUGAAAGAGACGGGUGUCAAGUUUGGGUUUAUGGGCGUCUUUGCCAAGGCAUGCGCCAAGGCCCUGGAGGAGAUUCCCGCUGCGAACGCGAGCAUUGAGGGACCUGCACCUGGCGACGCGAUUGUCUACCGCGAUUAUGUUGACCUGAGCGUCGCUGUGAGCACAGAAAAGGGUCUUGUCACGCCCGUCGUGCGCAAUGCAAACGACAUGAGCAUCCUGCAGAUUGAGAAUGAAAUUGCAAACCUCGGCAAAAAGGCGCGCGACAACAAACUUUCUUUGGAGGACAUGUCUGGCGGCACGUUUACUAUCUCCAACGGCGGUGUCUUUGGCUCGCUGUUUGGCACGCCGAUCCUCAACUUGCCGGGUGCUGCGAUUCUUGGUAUGCACGCAAUCAAGGAGAAGCCCUGGGUUGUGGAUGGCAAGGUCGAAGUGCGCCCGAUCAUGGUCGUUGCUUUGACGUACGACCACAGGAUUUUGGACGGCCGCGAGGCUGUUACGUUCCUUGUGCGCCUCAAGGAAUACGUUGAGGAUUUGCCAACGAUGCUUUUGUAA